AAAUUCAUGCCAAUACUGAAAAGGACCAAAUAGACUUUGCAUAGUGUUGAUUUAACUGCAGAAUUUGAGUGUGCAUAUUUAUGUUUGAGUUAUUCUAAGUCUGAAUCUGUAGGAAGAUGUGAACGUUUAAUGUCAGAAAAUCCAUCUGAUCUAACUGAACUACAGUAUUUUCAAAUAGUUUUCAAAAAUGCUGUGAAAAACUGGUACAGACAUACCAAAGACUUCCAUCUGCAAUUACAAAAUUGUCUGAAAAAGAUCGGUGAAAAAAAUGCGCGCCACCCUUUUCAAAUUAGUAUGUAGUAUAGAAAAUAUUUGUACAGUGUCUCAUUUUCCACUUCAGCUAUGCAUUACUUUGCAUCAAGUAAAAUCGGAAAAAUAAAUGCCGAAGUUGGUUUUGUAACCGUUCAAGCUCAUGGUGAUCUGAUGUCCCCAGACCCAAAGGCGGUGAGAGUGGACAGCACACGCUCCUAUUUACUUUCCAAAUUUAUGUUCCUUCAUCUCAUUCAACAAGUGUGGAGUGAAUUUAUAUGCCAGCGCCCCUCAAGCACCGGCCGCUCCAUCGCAGAGUCUCUUUAUUAUUAUAAACAUCGUAUUUCCAUUAGAAAGCAGAACAAAGCCCGAUAAUUAUGCUCGAGUUGCUCCCCGGGAAAUCUCGCUUUCUCUAGCCUACUAUAUAUUAGGAUCCCUGGGUCUGUCGGGACGCUUUCCCCGGAAGCAGACAAGCAGACAUGAGUUUAUUUUUUAGUUGAACCUUGGUUUUGUUGAAGAAACAUGCUCAAAACUACUGGGCAGACGGGCACAAAAAUCCUCCUGGACGCGAUGUCCAAGGAUAAAGUCCACUUGGCCAGGUUUGUUCUGGACGCGCUGGAUGGGGAAAUCGUUGACUCCACAGCGGACGGCGCACAGACGCCCCUCAUCUCUUCCGUUCUGCUGCCCGACAGCCAGACCCGAUGUAAGUUCAUAGAGCUUCUGCUGCACAGAGGGGCCAGUGUUAACCACCAAGAUGGGAACGGACGCACAGCGCUCAGCUACGCCUGCGAGAAGGGCUACCUGGACGCGGUUAAGAUCCUGGUCCAGAACGGCGCAGAUCCAGAGAUCCUGGACUCGUGGGGAAACACCCCGUUGAUGUACGCGGCUGUAGCGGAUCACACCUUAGUUGUUGAGUUUUUGGUGAGAGCCUUCAAGAGGUUAGGUCUGCGGAUAGACAGGCAGAAUAAAGCUGGCAACUCUGCAGUUGAAGUGGCAAAGUUCCUCGGUCACACAGAGUGCAUUUCUGCGCUUACCAAUAUCUCUAAGAGGAGCCGUGAGGCUGAUGAAGGCAAGUUUGAGGGAAAAGUUGAUUGUUUAGCCAGUAAACUUGAAGUCCUCAAAAUGAGUGGCCGUGCAGAAAUGUCUCACAGUUGUACCUUGCAAUCAAUGCCUCAGAUAAAGCCCAGCCGUUUGCCACCGAUGGAGUUUGAAAGAGAAAAUAAUAAAUCCUCUUUGGGUCCACAGGAUAUGAUCUUCUUUGGAGCACGCACUCCCGUGCCCCGACCAGGGAUUUACAAUCAACCCAUUUCUAAACAAUGCACCUUCCAGGAAAAGAUGCCCUCCUCUACUCAUCACUUGCCCCCUCUCUUAAACGGCCGUGACGCUGAAAAGUCCAUUUUCUUCUCCCCCCAGCCAAACAGAAACAUGCCGCAUCCCUGUGCGCCAUCCACUCUUGGCAUCUUACUGACUCCCAUUCUUCCCAACAAACGUGAGACUGAGAGAGGGAAGGGAGAAAUCUUUCCGCGUGGGAAAAUUUAACGAGCGCUACUAUAGGAAACGAUGCAGUCUGCCAACCAGUAUGCUUAGCCCCACACUUCCAGAGCGCACUCUGGUGCCUGUGCGUAAAUCCAGGACGGUAAGGAGGCGCAAAGAGUCGAUGAGCUUCACCGAACCACUUCCGUUUGCCACAACAGCUUCUGCCUCGACUCCAACAACUUUCUCAGCAUUGACUAAUAAACUCUUCCGAAGAUUUACCUCCCCGGAGUUCAAGAAAGUCGUUGGAGAUCUGGAACAGAAUCCGUUGCCGACUUUAGGCCGCAUCCCGCGAUCAGAAACCUUCCCCCAGAAGACGAGGCAUCCGCAGGUGGACAGCACGCCCAGCAUCGACAGCAUCAGUUCCGUUAAGUGCGAGUUUGACUUUCAGUUCAGACAGACAAACUCUUAAGACCGCGCGCCAUGUGCAAAAGGGGGGAAAGGACUGCUAUGUUACGUAAUAAUGUUUUUGCGUGACUUACGCAUCCAUAUUUAAGUGGCGGAGAAGUUUGUUUAAAAAAUACUUUAGUAAAAAUUGGUGACUUCUUCGUGUUCUUAGGGUGUUCAAUAAAUGUAUAAUAGUGAUAGAUACUAUUAGUUAUUGAACAUCCAUGGAGAUACAUCAGUCUCUAUGGAGUUUUUUCUUUUAAUUCUGCCAUAAUUGUGGUUUCAUCCAGUCUGACGUCUUUUCAUUUGAAGAACUGUAAUGCAUAACAGCGGAAAUUUGAGCGGCUGGUUGCUUGAUGGAGAUAGGAAUACAUUUAUGAUUUACAUUUAUUCAUCAAAACGUGCCGACCUCUAUUUUUUUAUUUUUUACUGAACUCAAAAAAGUGUAAAGUCGGCAUUUGUCAGGAUCUGAUCAGUGGAUUGUCAGUCAGAGCAAAUUUAUGGAAAAUAGGUCGGUUCCGAUCUCCGAGAUGGAUUAGUGUAACUGUAGUAAAGAGCUAAAAUAAAGAUCUGAUUUGUGUUAGCAGUCAGUAAUGACAAUAUGGUGUGAUUUAAAAAAAAAAAAAAAAAAA